ACUGGACAGGUUCCGUUGUUCGUACGAUGACAUGAAUUCGGAAGGAAUGAGCAAAUAACUGCGUUAGAAUGUCAUCUUCGUUAGGGUAUGCAUGUGGGUGUUCUUGUCCUCGCCCAGAGAGAGAGAGAGAGAGCGUUGGAGGUCCCUUUUAUCGAUUCUGAGCUUCGUGUACAGCUCGUUAUGGCUCAGGGAAAACUAAAGUGUUCGUCCAUCUCUCCAUCAACGUCCCUCUCGAUACACGACCUGAUCAGUCCUGGUGCCAUCAUAGCAGAAAAGCUUGUGUGGCUUGUUGGCAUUGUCUCUUUGGACGCCGAUGCUUGAGGUUUAUCCCCAUGUCUCCCCCCCCCCCCCCCCCCCCUCUUCUCUCUCUCUCUUUUUCAGCCUUGCUGGCAAAUCCCAAUCUCAAUGGUUAAUUGUGCCUGGAGCAGUCGCUCUCCUGAUCCUUUUCGUGUUAGUUUUCUCUUAAAUUUCGAUCUGAUGUAGAAAAUGGGUUUAUGGAAUCCUGAUGGAUGUCUUGGUUUCAUGAUACUCAUGUGGACUGUUGAGUAUAUAACGAAUGCCUGGAGCUGGUUUAACGGCAUAUUUCCAAGUCAUGCGCAUUUCCUAUGGAUGAAACUUCUGCUAGGCUGCCACUUCUUCCCACCAGUGGGGAGGAAGGUGCUGAGCUUCAUUCCAAAGCCACCAACCUUUUCAAGCCUUGUGUAAAAUAUGGCUUAAAGCUUGUCAUGUGGGUAAUCUUCCUCACUUGGGUGGCUGUCAUAUACCUGAAUCCUAGCUCGUUUAUGGGUAAAAUUUUUGACGAAUGGACUGAUCUUACCGAAGGGACGAUAUUCGGUGUAGCUGGAACCUUUUUCCUGGCGUUCAGUGCUCCUGUUCUAGUAAUUGCGCUUCUGGGGUGCGUAUAUGUUGCCUUGUUUCCCGGAGACUAUAACGAGAAAGGGAAGAGCAGGUUCUCUUCUUUUCGCCUAUGGACCUUCCCAGUCAUUGUUGACGGGCCUCUUGGAGUGGUUUCUGCUGCAGAACUUAUCGGCAUUGUUGUGUUCGCUUCCUUCAUUAUCUGGGCAUUAUGUGCAUAUAUCAUAAGCGAUGCAAGCAUUAUAUCUGAAACAGUUUCUUCUCCAAAAGAGAAAGCUUGUUUAAUGCUGGAAAUGCUGGGCUUUGCAUUCGCAUCGGUUGGAAUGUUUUGCAUUAUAUUUUUGUUUUUACCAAUAUCUAGAGGUUCUAGUCUUCUCCGCCUUAUAGAUAUUCCAUUUGAACAUGCAAUAAGAUAUCAUAUCUGGCUGGGACAUGUUACGAUGUUGCUCUUCACCUUGCAUGGUCUUUGUUUCAUUGUAUCCUUUGCACUACAAGGUGCCCUGCAAAAUGAGAUAAUCAAUUGGCAGGACACAGACAUCUCAGUGUUUCCAGGUGUUAUAAGUCUUUCAGCUGGACUGUUAAUGUGGGCUACAUCACUCUCUCCCGUGAGAAAAAAUUACUUUGAGUUGUUUUUCUACACCCAUCAGUUGUAUAUAGUGUUUGUGAUCUUCUUUGCAUUACAUGUUGGCUAUUUUAUAUUUUGUGCGGCUGCUGGUGCAAUUUUCUUGUUUGUUUUGGACCGUUUUCUGAGGUUCUGCCAGUCAAGGACAGCAGUUGAUGUGCUUUCAGCAAAAUGCCUUGCAUGUGAAGCAAUAGAACUGACUCUAUCAAAGCCGCAGAAUAUGACAUACAGCCCUCUCAGUUUUAUCUUCCUGCAAGUGAGGGAGUUAUCCUGGUCACAGUGGCAUCCUUUUAGUGUGUCUUCUAGCCCAUUGGAUGGUCGGCUUCACUUAACUGUUCUUAUUAAAGGUCUUGGACAGUGGACACAGGAGUUGAGAGAAAGUAUUUUAAAUGUUCAGAAACAUCCUCAGAUGUGCAUCCCAUAUCUACACUCUUCCAAAAUAACAGCUGCAGUUGAAGGGCCCUAUGGUCAUGAGUCUCCAUACUAUCUACAGUAUGAAAAUCUCAUAUUGGUUGCUGGGGGCAUAGGAAUUUCACCUUUCAUUGCUAUUCUGAGAGAUAUCUUACAUAGGGCUACAGAGAAAAGGACUUGUUUGCCGAAAAACAUUCUACUAGUUUGGUCCGUCAAAAAAUCAAAGGAACUUUCUCUUCUCUCCACAGUUGAUGUGACAUGUAUAUGCUCAUCCUUUCCAAUCACUUUAAAUUUGGAGGUUCAAACUUAUGUCACUCAAGAAUCAGAACCUCCAAUGGAAGAAGACAACCUUUCUGGAAGUGAGAUGAUAUUGUACUCACCAGAGACAAGUGGCAGCAGUAUGUCUGUGUUGGUUGGUUCUGGCAAUGUGAUAUGGUUUGGGAUCUAUAUGUUCUCAUCAAUAGUUGGGUUUAUAAUAUUUGUUAGUCUUAUAGAAAUAUUUUAUCUAAGACGUUUAGAUAUAUCUACGUGGUGGCUCAAAGGACUUCUGUACAUUGUUUGCAUGAUUCUGGGCACCAUCACGUUUGGUGGUGCUGUGAUAAUGUUGUGGAGUUGGUGGGAAAUGCACAUUUUAGAACAGGAGAAGGUCAACAAUUCAUCACAGUUAAAUGAGCAGGCAGUAUCAGUUAGCCGAGCUUCUCAUACAAACCUUGUUGCUUCAGGACCUACUUGUUAUGGACAGCGGCCUAACUUCAGAUCAAUUUUCAGUUCAGUAUCAGACAGAUGGGGUGGCGUGGAUGUGGGUGUUCUUGUAUGUGGACCAGGAGGCCUACAGUCAAGUGUUGCUGCAGAGUGUAGGUUUUGGAGUUUCAGGGGCCUUUGGAAUCACCCGGUUUUCCACUUCCAUAGUCAUAGCUUUAAUUUAUGAUAGAAUAGGAGGUAUAUCGUGUAUGCAAUUUUAUAAAUUUUGCAAUUGUGGUAUUGCCUUUAUUUGGAAUUGUUAUUCUCCAAAACAGUAAUUUCUUUAUAAUUAGUUUACAGCUUCUCUAUA